AUGUCAGUCUUGUCUUUGGGAUGCACCAGUAACUGUCUGAGUGUUGUCAAUGGUCUCAUCGGGAUGCUGAAAUGGUGUAUCCUCAUCACACGGGCAAACGCCUCAGAUGUAACAUACAACUACAAAAUAAAGCUAGAAAAGAUUAGUGGAGAUCCAGUUAAUACACAUUGUGAAUGCCCUGCUGGCAAAGGACCUCAUGGUACAUGUAAGCAUGAUGCAGCAGUCCUGCUGAUGAUUGAGCAUUUUACUGAUAGUGGAACAAUGAAGGUGCAGAAAAGUUGCACUGAAAAUUUACAAAAUUUUCACAAACCAAAGUUUCUCUAUGAUGGAAAACCAAUAGCAACAGAAAAUAUUCCAACUAAACGGAAAUUUUCUGAUGACAUUCUGCAAGACCCAAGGCCACAUAAAUAUAGAAAUAACCAUGGGUACACAGACUUUGUCAGGAACAUGAUGAUAAACUAUUGUGCCAGUAGUUCUCAGGAUAUUGCCAUGAGAUAUCUGCAUCCCUCAGCUGAUAUUCAGGCUGCAGCACUAGACCAUGACUAUUUCCCACUACCUUUCACUGAAUAUCUUGUUGACAACGCCUUACAGGUAAUUUCUGAUUGGGUAGUGAACUUCAGGUGCAUGCUGUUUUUAAAUAACAUAAUUAUAUAGUAAAAUUGUUAAUUCUAAUAUUCCGACUUUGAGCAUGAAUAUUUCACUCUUAAAA